AGUUCUAAACCCCAACACCCCUCAUCUUUGAAUCCAUGCAAAGACACUUCCUUUACCUCACCGCCACACUCCGCAAGCGCCUCCCUUCAGUCCCCUCACUUCAGCUUCACUCUCACUUUUCAAAUCUUUCAAGCAAAACCAUUGAAGUUGACGCCGAAGAUGCCGAAGAAUCCGAGCCCCCAAUUUCCGAUCAAAUCUUCAGGUCGCCUUCCAAGUCAGGUUCUUACAAGUUGGGCGAUUCCACUUUCUAUUCUCUUUUAGAUAAUUAUGCAGGCAAGGGCGAUUUUGCAUCUCUGGAGAAGGUUCUGCAUCGAAUGAGGCAGGAAGACAGGGUUUUUGCAGAGAAGAGUUUCAUUCUCAUUUUUAAGGCCUAUGGCAAGGCUCAUUUACCCGAAAAGGCUGUGGAAUUGUUUGAGAGAAUGGUUCAGGAAUUUCAAUGCAAACGUACCGUUAAAUCCUUUAAUUCAGUUCUAAAUGUGAUUAUACAGGAGGGUUUUUAUAACCGUGCAUUGGAGUUUUAUAAUGGAGUUGUUAAUUCUAAGAGUAAGAGUGUUCAACCCAAUGUCUUAAGUUUUAAUUUAGUUAUUAAAGCUAUGUGUAAGUUGGGAUUGGUUGAUGAUGCGGUUGAGGUGUUUAGAGAAAUGCCACUGAGAAAAUGUGUGCCUGAUGUGUAUACUUACAGUACAUUGAUGGAUGGUUUGUGUAAGGAGGGUAGGAUAGAUGAGGCCGUUUCUUUGUUGGAUGAGAUGCAAUUAGAGGGCUGUUUUCCCACUGCGGUUACAUUUAAUGUGUUGAUUAAUGGUCUGUGUAAGAAGGGGGACAUGGGUCGUGCAGCCAAGCUCGUUGACAAUAUGUUUCUUAAAGGUUGUGUGCCUAAUGAAGCAACUUAUAACACGCUUAUUCAUGGUCUGUGUCUAACUGGGAAGUUGGAUAAGGCAGUUAGUCUUUUGGAACGCAUGGUAUCGGUUAAAUGCAUUCCUAAUGAUGUCACAUUUGGAACAAUCAUUAAUGGGCUUGUUAAGCAAGAUAGAGUUGAGGAUGCAGCAUGUGUGUUGGUUUCUAUGGAGGAACAAGGGUAUCAUGCUAAUGAAUAUGUAUAUUCAGCCCUAAUUAGUGGGUUGUUCAAGGAAGGUAAGUCUAUGGAUGCUAUGAAGUUGUGGAAGGAAAUGAUGGAAAAAGGAUGUAAACCUAACACUGUAGUUUAUAGUGCUCUUAUAGAUGGUUUGUGUCGAGAAGGAAAGCCAACUGAAGCCAGAGAAGUUCUUUCUGAGAUGAUAGAUAAUGGUUGUGUGCCUAAUGCUUAUUCCUAUAGCUCCUUGAUGAAGGGAUUCUUCAAGACUGGCGAUAGCCAUAUGGCAAUUCAAGUGUGGAAAGACAUGGCUGAAAAUCAAUGUUUUCCCAGUAAGGUUUCUUAUAGUGUUCUUCUCCAUGGCCUAUGUGAGGCUAGGAACCUCAAGGAGGCUAGAAUGGUGUGGACGCAAAUGUUAGGCAGAGGUAUUAAACCUGAUGUUGUGGCUUACAGUUCAAUGAUUCAGGGCCUUUGCAGCACUGGCUUAGUAGAAGAGGCUUUGAAAGUUUUCAAUGAGAUGCUCUGCCAGGAGCCUGAAUCUCAACCAGAUGUGGUCACUUACAACAUACUCUUUCAUGCUUUGUGCAACCAGAGUAGUGUUUCCCAAGCCAUUGAUCUCUUAAAUAGAAUGCUUGAUCAUGGCUGUGAUCCAGACUUAGUUACAUGCAAUAUCUUUUUGAGAACUUUGAGUGAGAAAAUAGACCCACCACAAGAUGGAACUGACUUUUUAGAUGAGAUGGUCACCCGACUAGUUAAGAGGCAAAGAGUUUCAGGCGCUUCCAAAAUUGUAGAGGUGAUGCUGCAGAAGUUCUUGCAUCCAAAAGCAUCUACUUGGGCAAGAGUUAUUCAAGAGCUAAGCAAACCUAAAAAAGUUCAGGCAGCUAUUGACAAGUGCAGGGCCAACCUUUAUGGCUGAGCCCUCUGGCUAAGGCUAUCUGUACUGGUUGGUUCUCAAAGGCCUCUUUAUGUGUAAUUAGGAUGCUUUUCUUCUCUUAAUUAUAAAAAUGGGGAAAUUUUGACCUGGAGGGUGGAAUUAUACAAGAUUUUUGGAGCCAGGAAUCAAUCUGUUGUCCUUUUCAAUGCCACUUAUGCCAGAUAACAUAGCCUAUUCAAAAUCAGACAUGACAGGAUGUUGAAGGAAGUUUUGGAUGCAAGGUAGACAUUGUGCUUGUUGGUACAACAGUUCUGAGUUGCACCAUGGUUAUCCAGAGAUGUUCUUGGAUUCUCUAGCUUGAUUGAAAUUGAAAGGUGAAACUGGUUUGCCAGCCUGACUUAUCUGGUCAUUCUAGAUGUUGUGGCGAGUGCAUCCACUCAAAGGUUGAUGCUGAACCAAAGCUUGCUCUGAUUCAGAUGGUGCUGCUAGUGAGGCUUUUUCUGGAGGGUUGAGCACCUACUUGGAGCUCAGACAUUGCUUUGGCAAUGCAGGAAAUGUUGGAUAAGCAGCAGCAGCCCUGUUCCAACAUGGGUUUAGAAUCAGGGCAAGGCAAUGCACUAAGCAUGCUGCAAGGCGAGCCAACUAGCAAAGAGAAACACCUGUCCAUUGCAAAGUUAAGUAACUAUAUCAAAGGCAAACAUUGAUCCCCUUCAGUCUUCCAACAUGCAGCAGCGGCAUCUGAAAUCACCAGAGCAACUGAAAUUGCUAUUACAGGCCCUGGCAAAUAAGCAGACCAUUGCAAAUCAGAUGAAUGAUUUGAAAUGCGUGAAAACGAGACUGGAUUUAUAAGUUGCUUGUUUAUUGACACAACGAGAAAGAGGGGUUGAAAGGAAAAAAUAACAGUUGAUCCAAUUAUCUGAAACUUUAUAGUUCAUUGCCAUCAUUGUUUUCUGAAGCAUAAUGCUGCUUAUUUGCAUAUAAUUGGCCGUUGCUUGUUGCCAAAGAGGGUUAGAAGAGGCCUCUUAAUAGGAUUGAGGCUCAUGUAACGAAGUAAUAGUAGAAAAAUAAUGAUAAUCACGAAGGUAGUUGGGAGGGUUUCUUACCCGAGUAGGAUGACUUGAGGAUGGGACAACAAACUCAUUUGUAGAAUCAACAAGUGAUACAGAUGAGGAAGUAAAAGAAGGCUCAAAAUUAUCUAAUACAUUACCAGCAGGUCU